AUGCUAACUUUACAUCAUAAAAUAGCAUCCUAGCCUGAUUUAAAAGUUGAAUAUCCACAUUAACCUAAUCCUUAAAUUUUAAGGUCUUUAAAACCUGCUCAAUUUCUUAAUAAUCUAGAACAACUUAAGGAAACUGAAAGCUAAUUCUUUGCCCCUCUUAAAGCACAAGAAAUAUACCAAUAAGGUGCAUAAACCGACAGAAUUUAAGAAGUCACCAUUCGUUUCCCUAAAAUCUAAUAAAACUCAUCAUAACUCAUAAAUAAACCAUUAACACUGAUGCCUGAAUCAAAACACAAUCAACUUAAAGUCUAAUUGUAGAAUAUUUUUUCUCAGUAAAAUUCUCUUGGUGAUUCUCACAUUAUUUUGCCUGGUCUUCAUAAAUAAAGAAAAGAAUCACAUAUGUUUAUCAAAAUGAUAGAGGAUCAAUUGAGUUUCCCAAAUCAGGAGACCCAGUCCUAAAGAAUAAUUUAAAAUAGAUUCACCAGGAGAGGCAAGAAUCAAACUUAAAGUUAAACUAAUCUAGAAACUCCAUUUUUACAUGAUUCAGAGAAUUCAUAAUAGGAUGACUUAAAUACUUAAAGAAAAGUUGAAUUUUAAAAGCGUGUUAAGGUAAUUAAUCUACAAAAUGGAAGAAUAGCAACAGAAGUAAUAAAAGAAGAAGAUGAAAUACCACCUCCUGUAAAAGUUAAAAGAAAAUUUGUUUCUUAAAAAACGAAAUUUUUCCCUGAGAAUUAAAAUAAAUGA